UUUAACCGAUGCGUUUGUCAAUAUUUGUGUUCCGUGGUUUAUCAACAAACAAAUCGAGGUCAAGUUUAUUAAAAAAAUGAUUAUUGAAUAAACUUUCAGCAAGCAAAAUAAUAAAAUGACAAAUCUGCAAGAAGUCCCUACAGAGGAGUUACUUUCUUUCCAAGACUAUCCAACCGUCCACAUCACUGGUUACAACACGACAAUACCAAUUUCAGAUUCGCCAGCAAAAACUACGGUGCCAGAAGGUGAUAUUAAUAAUUCACCAGAUGUACCUAGACUGGACAGUGACUCUUCAGAUGAUAAAGCUAUGUCAAAAUCAUUUUGGUCGAUAGAAUACUACCAGAAGUUCUUUGAUGUAGACACCAAAGACGUCGUCGAGCGAAUUUUGGCAUCUGUCACACCGAAAUGGGACAACUCACUGAAGCACCAUCUGCGCACAAAACCUGACCUUUAUGGUCCAUUUUGGAUAUCCGUCACACUUAUUUUCACCAUUGCUAUAAGUGGCAAUGUAGCAAAUUAUUUCCAACAUGCUAGUGAAAAGUAUCACUGGAGGUAUGACUUUCAUUUGGUGUCUUACGCUGCUACAUCGAUAUUUCUGUAUGUUACUCUAGUUCCGUUUAUCCUUUGGGCUCUGUUGAAAUGGAGUGUGCAAGUUACAGAUUUAGAAGGGUUAGAUAGCGAGAUAGUACCAGGUGUGCUAGAGUUGAUUUGCAUCUAUGGAUAUUCACUUUUCAUUUACAUUCCUGUUUCCGUAUUAUGGACAAUCCAGAUUGGUUUACUGCAGUGGAGUCUUGUUAUUUUAGGUACUUUUAUAUCGGGAUCUGUUUUAUUUUUAACAGUUUUGCCGGCAUUGAGAUUGUCGAAGCACAAAAUUAUGUUGACGUUGGGAAUAUUAGGUUGUCAUUUGUUGCUAGCAGCUGGAUUUAUGUUGUGCUUUUUCCAUGUGCCCAAUACCUUGCCAGUGAUACCACCUACCAAAGUUGUAGAGACUGUUACAAAAGCCGUAACUGAGACUGCUAAAAAUAUCAGUCAUUCUUAAGUUCGAUUCAUAUAUACUGAAAAAUAUGUUAAUAUAUGCCUAUAUAAACAGUGUUUUUUAUUUGUA